UUUUGUUUACAUUCUACUGGUUUAGUGACACAAAUAAUUUUAUCUAACUUUAAGCAGUAAAAUGAAUAUAACACAACCUUGGCGUAUGCUGAUAAGAAAUUUAAAGCAAUUUAGAGUCGUGCAAAUAUCAAGGGCAGUUCCAGCAAUCAUUAGAAAUCAUCAAAAUAACAAUUUUAAUUGUGCACGGAGAAAUCUCUGUUCUAUAUUUUCGAAAUCGCCCGACUAUGCAUCUGAAGUACAGCAGCUAGAGUUGUCAGCCUUUGAACCGAUUUGUAUACAGACUCUUGAGUCAUUGACUGAAUAUUUUGAUGAAAUUGUCGAGGCUGACAGUAAAUUAGUGAAUGGAGACGUGAAUUAUUCUGACGGUGUACUUACAGUGAAGUUGGGCGGUGACUAUGGAACAUACGUGAUAAACAGGCAAACACCAAAUAGGCAAAUCUGGCUAAGUUCACCGAUAUCCGGACCAAAGAGAUAUGACUGGAUCAAUGGCGAUUGGAUAUACAAGCAUGACGGAGUCUCAUUACAUGCUCUUUUGCAACAAGAGCUAGAAAAAAUCAUGUCAGUUCCAGUUGAUUUUAUGAGUUUGAAGAAAAUGUAAAUAAAGUUGUAGUUGUUGUAGAUUAAUUUUCCAGAUGUUGAAGUUUAAUGAACGGCUGAAUCAGGCUGAAUGUGAAGUUUCCGAGAUCCAAUCCAGAACCUUACAAUUUUAGUUUUAAAAACCAUACAACAGUUCUAUUAAACAUUUGUAGGUUUGUAAAAGAGCAUGUCACAAAGCUAUGGCAAGAAGAAUGGAAUGAGGAAAUCAGAAACGGAAAUAAAUUAGGAAACAUAUAAAAGAAAAGACCAGACAGUACUGACAUGACUUAGAAUUGGAC